CUGGCACGCUUCUCCUUCCCCAACAGAUAUCACAAAUCUCCACCAUCUUCUAAAAAUAAUGAUGCUAAUUCCUACUGAAAUUUCAGAUUUCAUUGGGAGGGAUAGAUCUAAAAAAGAUUUGAUCUGUUUAGAGUUUUGCGAUGGCGAUUAAUGGUGGACAUGCUAUCUAAUAGAGUAGUUUUAUUAUUAUUAUUAUUAUUAUUAUUAUUAUUAUUAUUAUUAUUAUUAUUAUUAUUAUUAUUAUUAUUAUUAUUAUUAUUAUUAUUAUUAUUGUGGUUUCCUAUUGUAAUUAGAACUCUUUUUACUAUAAAUAUAUAUGUGCUACCAUUAAGGUUAAGCCUGAUAUUAUUUCUCUCAUGGUAUAAAAGCCACUUCUCCUGGUCCCAUAGCUCCACGAACUCCUGCUGCCCAUACAGGUUCAAUUCUGUCUGAUUUAGUUAAGAACAUUGGUUUUUAUGCCCUUAAUAUUAUCAAUAUUGUGACAAUCAAACUGGCUGCGGUAGAAGACUAUUUGCCUUGGCUUACUCAAUUUGACUCUUUCUUAGUCUCCAGUGGUUUUUUGGGAAUUUUAGAUGGUUCCAUUCCUGCUCCUACUCCCUAUAUUUUUUAUGCUUUUCAUCUUGAGACAAUCAAUCCUGACUAUUGUAAUUGGCUAAAAGUUGAUCAAACGGUGCGCUCUUGGCUAUUUGCUACAUUGUCUUGUGAUGUCUUAAUUGAGGUGCAUGAAUUAAGAAUGCUUCCGCUAUCUGGAGUCGGUUAGAGUCUCCUUUUAUGUCUGCUAGUCUUGCCCGCUCCAUGGAAUUGAAACGACAACUCACCCACUCUAGGAAGGCUCCUAAUCAAUCUAUGGAACAUUAUCUUAGAGACAUUAAAAUUAUUGCUGAUAACUUAGCUGCAAUUAAUGCCCCUAUUUCCCCUCGUGAACUGUUUCAAACUAUUUUACUUGGUUUGGGCCGUGACUAUGAAUCUCUUAUUACAUCGAUUGGGCUGUUUCCGGAGAGUUUCACUUUUGAAAAGCUACGCACCUGUUUGGUUGAAAAGGAGCAAACCAUUCAGUACAUGCGUGCUUUAGAAGACCCUCCUCAAGCCCAAGCUUUUGCCAGUCAAGCUCAGGCUGCGGGGCAGCCACCUCCACAUGGCCAGCAGCAGCGCGGGAGAGGAUAUCGCGGCCGGGGUGGCCGCGGACAGUGGGGCAGAGGAGGCCGUGGACAGCGUGGUCGUGGCUAUGGACCACCUCAACCUGGUUAUGGUUAUCCUCCACAGAUGGACUACGGUUACCCCCCGCCAGGAUAUGUUACAGGGGGUGCACCUCAUGCGGGUAUUCUUGGGGCUCCGGGCUCGGCAGGUAUGUCUGUUCAGUCAAAUGUUUAUACUUAUGCCUUAUCUACUUAUUGUACUAACCGUGGUUAUGCAGGCUCUUCAUCUGUUGAAGGGAACUAUGUUCCUCCUCCUGUAGUUUGUCAGAUUUGUUAUGCUCCAGGUCAUCCCGCCUCCACUUGUCCGUCCCGUUUUGUUCAGCCAGCUGCACCUGCUCUUGCUGCUCAGACUCCUGAAGCUUCUGACAUUGUGUGGUAUCCUGACUCAGGUGCCUCUGCCCAUAUGACUCUUCAUCCAGGGAACAUCCACUCAUGGUCUCCUUUUACAGACCUCACGCGGUCCUACAGAGGUUAUUGCUUAUUCUGAUGCUGAUUGGGCUGGAUGUCCUGACAUAGGCAGGUCUACCUCUGGCUAUGCCAUUUUUCUAGGUCCAAUCUAAUCUCAUGGCGGUCCAAAAAGCAGCCCACUAUUUCCCGUUCUUCCACUGAAGCUGAAUAUAGAGCCAUAGCUUUCACGGUUCAGGAUACUCUUCACAUACGAUCAGUGCUGUUCGAGUUGGGGUUUCCUGUUCGCGUACCAACUACCUUGUACUGUGAUAAUGUAUCUGCUUCUUACCUCUCGGUCAAUCCCAUUCAGCAUGCCAGGAGUAAGCAUAUUAAUAUUGACUAUCACUUUGUUCGUGAGCGAGUGGCUCAUGAUGAUCUCCGUGUUAAGUAUGUUCCCACACAGGCUCAGCUAGCAGAUAUUUUUACCAAGUGUUUAUCGCCACAACGUUUUACUCUUCUUCGUGACAAUCUGCGCAUUGUUUCUCCUGCACAGCUUGAGGGGAUGUAAUAGAGUAGUUUUAUUAUUAUUAUUAUUAUUAUUAUUAUUAUUAUUAUUAUUAUUGUUGUUGUUGUUGUUGUUGUUGUUGUUUCCUAU